GAGACGACACGCCCCGCGAGCCCCGCGUCCUCCUCCAGCGACGAGGCAUCCCCUCAUAAGCGCCAGAAGAGUGGGGAGGCAGCAACAAGCCGCAAGCGCAGUAAUGGCCAACACAAACGCAAGAAAGUCCCCACCUACUACCGACGCAAGCAUGAAAUGGACCAGCUCGAGGAGGAAAAGAAGCAGUUGGAGGCCAGGAUAAAGGACCUCGAGGAGCGCGCCGAUAUUCUGCGGCCGCGUGAGGCGCUGAGACUGCGGCAGCACACCAAUAAGGUGUUGCGCGACGUGCUGCACGCCCAACGUCGAGCAUUUGCCGGUGCGGCGUCAAUUGUUGCACACCAUUUCCGCGAGAAGAGCACCGGCCCUUUCGAUACGCCAACCCGGUUAAGUAAAGACCCGGUUAAGCGAGAAGCAGAGUUGCUGGAGAUGAGGAAGCAGCGCUUAUCGUGCGCCUACGAGUUUAUGAGGGAAAUGCUCAAAUUCAUGGAUGUGACGCUGGACUUCACCGAGCAGAAGAAGUUCACAGCCACCAACGGGGACUUUUGCUCCGAGCGAUUCGAGAUCGUGCCGCUACCCCAAGCGCGCAGUGUCAAGCGCGUGUUCGAUGCCGUGGAAGCGUUCGUGUCCAACAUGGAGAUCAGCAUGUCGGAGGUGGACGGAGACAUCACCAUUCGCGAGAACGACGAGCCGCGGCUGUCCACCACGUGCCCCGUGGCCCAACAUCGCUUCGUGACCACAGUCGCUAACAUGGUGCAGAUGGAUACAAACAACGCGGCGUUCGCGGAGUACCGACCGCCGGGGUCUGGCGAAGAGGAGGUCGGCUUCUCUAUCAACGACGUGAUCGAUGAGGACGAGCUGUACCCGUACAAACCCGAGACCCGCGUCCGCCAGGACGUCACGGUGAUCAUUAUGGUGUCCAGGCAACAGGAUAAGGAGGGCAGGCCGCUUAUCGUGUUCUCGCGAUGGUGGUCGUUAAGGUUACGGAAAUCCCACAUCCACGUGCCAAGGGCGAUCGCGCAGCGGAUUUCCAACGGACUCGACAGCGUCUCCGCCUCCAUGCUCGCGGCCGCAGAGCGUGCCGACUACCCUUCCGCUUCACUCAACCGUAUACUAUAG